AUGAUAUUUUUUACGGGUUUUAUCGGAACAGUUUAUUUCUACAGGAUUGCACUCAACGGAAUAGUAACCGUAUUUGCUAUAUUGGGCACCGAGGCCUUUUUAUUCUGGUCGCCUCGAGCCCAGCAAUUUAACACCAAGUUCAAUCUGUACACCCGGCGUAACCCAGCGGCUGAGCAAACUAGCGUCCAGCCCAGCGAUGGCAGCACCGGUGACCUGACCAAUUUCAAUAAUACCCUGAUCACUAAGUUGUAUGUCCACGGCUAUGGUGUGGCGCCGGCUAAUAGCCUGUCGUCGGACAGCAUGAAGAAUGAGUGGUUGAAUGCCGGCGACUAUAAUGUGUUUAUUGUCGACUGGAGUGAAGGCAAUCAUACAAAGGCAAACAUACCUACCGUUGCGCAGGCCAUUACCAAGUUAAUCACUGAGUUACAGAGUAAGUCCGGCUUAGAUUUGGACAAGGUACAUAUUGUUGGACAUUCAUUGGGCGCACAUAUCGCUGGUUUGACGGGUAAAGCUUUCAAUGGACGAAUUGGUCGCAUAUCUGGUCUCGACCCAGCUGGACCUGGCUUUAAUGGCAAACCUACAAGUGAUAAACUUAGUCCUUCAGAUGCUCAAUUUGUGGAUGCUAUACACACAGAUGCCGUCCCAUUGAUAGGGUUGGGUAUAAAUGAAAACUCCGGACACAUUGACUUUUACCCAAAUGGUGGUAAUUUACAUCAACCUGGUUGUUUUAUAAAUCGAGUCACCGAGGUGGUUGAUAACGGUAGAAUUAAAGAAGGUCUAUUCACUGCUGUUGCCUGCAAUCACUUCCGCUCAGUUGACCUUUUCGUGGCCAGUAUUAACCCAAACAACCCGAAAGGUGUGGCCACUCAGUGCUCAAACUUUGUGUCAUAUCUGGCCGGUGGGUGUAAUGUUGAUGCCAUGGAUAAUAAUGUGGCACAUGCUAUAUUGGGUGAACAGGCUUUACUCUCUAAACCUUAUGAAAAGAGCACCAUUGGUCAUAAAUACUACCUGACCACUACCCUGUCGUACCCGUUUUUUCGUGGUUAA